ACAGCAGCAAAUAUUGUGGAUUGUACCUUAACAAGAUGGUACCUUAUAAGCUACAGUAAGACCUUGUUCAGUAGAUUUGAUGACCAGAGAAAGAGAUACAGCCAUAGAGAAAUGACAGUUGUAUUUGUACUAUGUGGAUACACAUCAACACCCCUGUGCCUUCCAGGUGUGCUCAAGUACUCUAUGGAAUGGGAUUCAAACGAGGAAGCUCAGCAGAACGAGCGUUGCAGUGUCACAUAUAAACACACAGUGACAUUGCAAUUGUCGUCCAGGUCAAGAGGCAAAGACAGUGCUGGUUACUACACACUGUCUUACUAGACAACAGCAGCGGUUCUAUCACGGUCAUUGUCGUUACGAUCCUGAUCCUAGGGUUGUAUAGGGUUCUAUCACGGUCAUUGUCGUAACGAUCCUGAUCCUAGGGUUGUAUCACGGUCAUUGUCGUUACGAUCCUGAUCCUAGGGCUGUAUAGUGUUUUAUUAGGUACUUCCAGGUCAGACGGUCCAACAGACCAACAACAAAUACAGACGGAACGUCUCCGUUACCUUAUAUGGUACACAAUAACAUGUUUUAUAUCAGAGGUUUAUGGAAGCAGCACAAGGUGUUCCUCGGUCCUGUGACUGGACACCUUCAGACCUGUUUGUCCAUCAUAAAGAGGACAAGGAUCAGCUGUUCUCUCAGAACAUACCAUUCAUUCAUUCCCCAGUCCACUGUGGAUUUGAUCUGAUCGGGAUCUGAACUUGAAGAAUGAGAGAAGUGAUUGACAACCUUGUGUUCCAGUCUCUCUCCUCUCCUCCCCAUGGAGCAGUUUAUCAGUGUCUGGGUUCGGGAUCCUCGGAUUCAGAAGAAUGACUUCUGGCAUGCCCACAUGGACUAUGAAAUCUGUAUACAUACCAACAGUGUCUGCUUCACUAAGAAGAUCUCCUGUGUGAGGAGAAGGUACCGGGAGUUCGUCUGGCUCCGGCAGAAACUACAGGCAAACUCCCUACUCAUGGUCCAGCUACCUGAACUACCACCUAAGAACCCUUUCUUUAGCCUGAACAACGCCCAGCAGAUCACAGAGAGGAUGAAGGGCCUCCAGAAGUUCCUUCAACUGACCCUGGAGAGUAAUCUGCUUCUGUCAGACAGCUGUCUGCACCUCUUCCUGCAGUCGGAGCUGGGGGUGUCCCAGAUAGAGGCCUGCGCCUCAGGGAGAACCCAUUACUCUGUGUCCCAGGCCGUGCUGGGCUGCGGCUGCAAACUGCAACGCUUCCACUCCCAGGAGGACCUGUUAGAGACCAGCCGCAAGGAGUCCUGUGACUCCGAUUCUGUUAGUGGGUUUGUAGAGCCGGAGCCCAGCAGUAAAGAUGGAACUGCUUCCUCACCCCCAGAGACCCUAGCUCUGUCUCUACCUGAUAGGACCGGACCUUACCACAGCCAGGAAGAGACCCUAGCUCUGUCUCUACCUGAUAGGACCAGACCUUACCACAGCCAGGAAGAGACCCUAGCUCUGUCUUUACCUGAUAGGACCAGACCUUACCACAGCCAGGAAGAGACCCUAGCUCUGUCUCUACCUGAUAGGACCAGACCUAACCACGACCAGGAAGAGACCCUAGCUCUGUCUCUACCUGAUAGGACCAGACCUAACCCCAACCAGGAAGAGAACCUAGCUCUGUCUCUGCCUGAUAGGACCAGACCUAACCCCAACCAGGAAGAGACCCUAGCUCUGUCUCUACCUGACAGGACCAGACCUAACCCCAACCAGGAAGAGACCCUAGCGCUGUCUCUGCCUGAUAGGACCAGACCUAACCCCAACCAGGAAGAGACCCUAGCUCUGUCUCUGCCUGAUAGGACCAGACCUAACCCCAACCAGGAAGAGACCCUUGCGCUGUCUCUACCUGAUAGAACCAGACCUAACCCCAACCAGGAAGAGACCCUAGCUCUGUCUCUGCCUGAUAGGACCAGACCUAACCCCAACCAGGAAGAGACCCUAGCGCUGUCUCUGCCUGAGAACCAGACCUAACCCCAACCAGGAAGAGACCCUAGCUCUGUCUCUGCCUGACAGGACCAGACC